UGGUUUGAUCCAAAUAAGAUUACGAUCAUAUGUUGGUAGUGUAGACGGAUUACCGCCACAGCUAUUGUAUUUCGACAAUGAGUAUGGAUUUAUAUUUUUAAGUAAAUAUUGAAAGACAAAGUGCUAUUUAACAUUGAAACUAAAAGAUAUUUAUUGACAUAAGUAAGCAUGGAUUCUGAAAUUGAUAUAGAAUUAUCAAGUGAUCAAACUCAGAAGGUUUCACAGAUAGACGAUGAGAAAGAAAAUGAAAGUUCAAUUGAUCAUAGUAAUGACAUAAAUACUAGUAUAGAUGAAGUACAUCAAGGAUCGUCGGUUCUUAAUGCAAAUAAAGAAACUGUGGAUGAAAAUGAAAUGAAUGAAAAAGUAAUUAAUGAAUCAGAUGAAAAGCAUAAAAAAAAGUCUGACAAAAGUUCAGAAAAUGCAGAAGUGUCAAAUACUGUGUCUUGUCAAGAAAAUAUUUCAAAAGAAGGUAAUUCACAAGUGAAUCCAUUAACUUUCCAAGAAAGUAAUAUAACAGAUACAGAUUGUAAUGAUACACAGUCACCAACUUUGGCUGAAAGUACUACAAAAACUGUUUCACAGGAAGAAAGUAAAGAAAUAACAUCAGUGGCAUCCAUCGCAUUAAAAGUUAAUACAGACAGUUUGUCAGGUAAUACAAAUACCACAGAAUGUGCAGAAAUUCAGUUGUUAAAGGAUACACCAGAGGAAAUGGCAAAUAAAAUUUUAAAAGUUGUCAAUGUAGAUGAUGCAAGUAAUUUAAACUCAGAAAAAGAAGUCAAUGAUAAUGUGUCAGAAGGUAAUAAAGAUAAUUUAAAUACUAAAAAGACUGAUUCAGAUGAAAUAUUAGAAGAUUGUGAUAGGAUUGAGACAAAGAAAAAUACUAUUGAACCAGAAAAUACAGAGUUUGUACAAUUUUCCCAAGAAAAGCAUGGAGAUGUACAAAUUGAAAAUCAAUCCAUGGAUGCUGAAGAUCCUUUUGGAGGAGAUAAUCUUACUGCAGAAAAUGUUGAACCAAUGGACACAGAUGAUCUUAAUGUAACUGAUGUAGAAUUUUCUAAAUUAUGUAGUCAAACAGAUAAUCUGCAAGAUAUUGUAAAUAGCAAAGAAAACAGUUUUAGUAAUAAUAAGAAGGAUAAUAAGGAAGAUAAAGAUAUAGAUACUUCAGAUACAGUAAAAAAUGCUGAUAAAAAUCGGAACGAAAGUGCAGUUGAGGUAGAACAAAAUGAAAAUGUAAGCACAGAAGUUGCAGGCUCAACUAAAGAAUGUAAUGAUAAAACAAAGAAAACUCUUGAUGAAAUAACACCGAUGGACACAGAAGAACAAUCGGAAGUCUUACCGGGACAAGAUGACGAAUUGUGUAUUAUUCCAGAUAGUAUGAAAGUAAUAAUUCCUGGCCAAACAGAAAAGUCAAACUCUAAUAAUACAGAAUCUUUACAUGAAGGUAGUCACGAACAUAAUGAAGAUAAACGAAGCGGUCAAAAUAGUGAAUCACAAAUUGAUAUAAACAAAGGCUUACAACAAAAUUUAAAAGAAUCAAAUAUUGUAAAUGAAACUAAUGCAAAAGAUACAGAAGAAAAGAUACAAAAAGAAAAAGAUUCACAUACUAAGGUUACAGCUUCAAAUGCAGAUGUUAUUAAUAUUGACGAAGAGUCGAAAAAUUCCGAAAUUGAAGAAAUCACAACUAAAGAAAUUUGUAAACAAUGCAACGAAGAAAGAUCGUGUAAGAUUAAAGUAAAAAUUGGUUUUGAUACCUACAAUGUAUGUUCAAAAACUUGUAAAGCAUUAUUCAAAGCAGCUAAUAAUAGAGCUAUGGAUAUACCCAGUGAUGGAGUUAAUUCUAAAAGAGAGAAACGUUGUGCAAACUGUUUACUAAUUGUUGAAUCUAACGAUGAACGUAAUCUUUCCUGGGAAACAAUGGAAUUCUGUAAUGAGGAAUGUCUAGGCAAAUUUCAAACGAAAUAUGGUAGUUAUUGUAGAAAUUGUAAUGGUUCAGUACAGGCAGUAAGUUUAGGCAAAUAUUGCGUACGAUUUGGGUAUGAUGUUAGGCAGUUUUGUUGUUCAACAUGUUUAGAAGAAUUCAAGAAAGGACUAAAAGUAUGUAGUUUUUGUCAAAAAGAUAUAAGUUCUAGCACGGAAGGUUUUCUCGCACCAGUUGGCGAUAGAGGACAAUUUAAAGAUUUCUGUACUCAAGAAUGCAUGGAAAAGUAUUCAAAAAUGAGCUCUGUUGAACCUCCAGUUCUGGAAAAAAAAUGUUGCAGUGUUUGUGAAGAAGAAAAAGUCGUACAUUGCGAGGUUCAAAUAGAUAGAUCCGAGCCGGUAGCUAUUUGCAGUGAACCAUGUUUUGCAGCAUUCAAGUUUGUCAAAAAGGUUGAUCCUGACCAAUGUUCUACGUGCAAAAAGUUUUUUGAAUUACCUAACAAAAAAAGUUCUGUUGUAUUUUAUGAAAAUGAAGCUCAUAUGUUCUGUUCUAAAACUUGUUUGAACAUAUUUAUUAUUACGAAUAGAAAAAUCGUUCCAUGUAAUUGGUGCAAAGUAAAAAAAUAUAAUUUUGACAUGAUCAAGAAAGAAUUGAAAACAGGUCAGGUGAUGAUGAUGUGCAGUUUAAACUGUUUAACGCUAUAUCAGGUUUCUAUCAAUGCAGUUUCGGCGAAGCGAAUAAAUUGUGACUUUUGUAGAGAAUACUCACAAGCUCAGUAUCAUUUAACCAUGUCAGAUGCAACGAUACGGAAUUUUUGUUCUUACCAUUGUGUAAUGAAUUUUCAAGCUCAGUACACUAAAUCCCCUAUUACGAUACCGGCAGGUGAUGAUCCUGUACCCACCGGUAUGCCUAAAAGAACGUUACCACAGAGAAACACGAGUUCCAACAGUCAGAAAACUAACGAUAUGCAAAAUAAAAAAAACAUGCCAGUAAUUUCCUCUGUUACAAGUUUAGCUGCAAUAGGAAAUGGACAAUCUAGUCCAACAACUCAACAAAAUAAUGUAAAUAGUAUGGUGGUACCUUCGGUUACUAUCAAUCAAACUCAAACGCCUCAAGUUAUUUAUAAACAACACAUUAUAACAAGACCACCAAGUCCGAUUCAAAUUCACAAUAAAACAACACAGUGUAAGCCUGUGGUACACACUAAAGGAGUUUCAGUACGUCCACGUCCUUGUACAAAAGCUACGCAAACGGAUGGGAUUCAGCAAGCGGUUGUACCGAUACCGGUUCCAAUUUAUGUUCCAUAUCCAGUACACAUGUUUAGUAUGCCUUUCCCGGUCCCGAUGCCUUUUCCCUUACCAAUCCCUGUUCCUAUUUUUAUACCUACAACAAGAAAUAGUGCUAAGGGAAUAUUUAAAGAUAUUAAAAGAAUACAAGAAAAGAUACCAGCUGAUCCCUUCGAAGCUGAGCUUCUUAUGAUGGCAGAGAUGGUUGCAACAGAAAAAAAAACUAACGAAAGUGAUUCGGAUUCUGCGGAUGAUAGGGAUGAAGAUAAUGGUGAUCGUGAUAAUUCGCACAGUGGAGGUUUUAGCCCAGAAGGAGUUGAUUCCAGUAAUACGUUCGGUGAUGAUAUGUUACAAAUGGCUUUAAAAAUGGCAACUGGUGAAUUAGAUGAACCAGCAGUUGAUUUAGAAGCUGCUUUAACUCCAAACACAAUUACUGCUACACAAACACCAACGCAGACUGAUGCAGCUAUGGAAAAUGAUGUUCAGUCGGAGCGACUGAUUAUUUCUUCCCGCGGAAGAAAACGAAUGGUUCCAUAUAAGCCGCGAUCUACCCCAAAUAAACGAGGAAGGCGUGUAUCUGGAGCAAAUGAUAUACCUUUGAUGCCACCUCCCGAAGCACAACCUCCGCCUCAACCACGUAUUAUAGAACCCAUAGAAAAACCAGAUGCAAACAUGGCAUUAAAAUAUACUUUUGGAGUAAAUGCGUGGAGACAAUGGGUAGUUACAAAAAAUGCUGAACUAGAAAAACAAAGUACCCCAAUGAGAAAGAUGAAAUUAUUUAAAACAGAUCUUUUACAACUCACAGCGGACGAGUUAAAUUAUUCAUUGUGUCUUUUUGUAAAAGAAGUUAGAAAACCAAAUGGAGCAGAGUAUGCGCCUGACACGAUAUAUUAUCUUUGUUUAGGAAUACAACAGUAUUUAUUUGAGAAUAAUAGAAUAGAUAACAUUUUCACGGAUUCGUACUACGAAAAAUUUACAGAUUGUUUGAAUGAAGUUGCAAAAAAAUUUUCUGUUCUCUACAACGACGCACAAUAUAUUGUUACACGAGUUGAAGAAGAACAUUUAUGGGAAUGCAAACAAUUAGGUGCUCAUUCUCCGCAUGUACUUUUAAGUACUUUAAUGUUUUUUAACACUAAACAUUUUAAUCUUGUGACAGUAGAAGAGCAUAUGCAGUUAUCAUUUUCUCAUAUUAUGAAACAUUGGAAACGUAAUCCUGCCGCUCAACCGGCUGCAACAACAGGAAAGGUUCCAGGUUCUAGAAAUGUUCUCCUUCGUUUUUAUCCACCACAAUCAGCAUUGGAAGGUAAUUCACGCAAGAAGAAGGUAUAUGAACAACAAGAAAAUGAAGAAAAUCCAUUAAGGUGUCCAGUCAAAUUAUAUGAAUUCUAUUUAUCCAAAUGUCCCGAAAGUGUUAAAACUCGAAAUGAUGUGUUCUAUUUACUCCCUGAAAGAAGUUGUGUACCAGAUAGCCCAGUAUGGUAUUCAACAUCUCCACUGGCUAAAGAACACCUUAUAAAAAUGUUAUAUCGCAUUAAAAUGGUUAAAGUUAAUGUGGCAUUAUUAACUAGUUAAUUUCAUAUUCAAGUAUUUAUAUCUUCUCUCUGUUAAUUUGGACAACUUAAUAUACAAAAAAUAAUUGUUCUCUUAUACAUCAAAUAAGAAUGUUUGAAAAAUGAUGUAGUCAUGAAAAUUUUAUAAUAUCUAUUGUAUAUUUUUCACUUCCUAAUAAAACGAGAUUUUUUAACUGUA